AUGUACACUUUAGCAGUCUGCAUUGACAUCGAAGGAGCCUUUAAUAAUGUCAGCACCGAAACACUUAUCCAAUCCUUAGAAGCCUUUAGUGUUGACCAGCUAUCACACACAUCGUUUGCCUUCAAGGAAAUCAUUGGCAUGUUGGACAACAAUCAUGAAUUGAAACGUGAAGAAGUAAAUGCACUCCGUCCUCUAUUCGAAGAAUUACAACGUCAAUAUGACUUCAUUAUGGCCGAAUUCCAAAAGGAUGGCAACAAAGUCGAUGCCAAGUUCGGUGAAGUGUAUGAGGCCACUGUUAAGGAUUUCCAAGAACAAUUUGCCUCACUUAUGCAGGAGGAGGCUACCACCGUCUAUGACACCUCACUUCCCACCGUUGAAGAAAUAAUGGGAAAGCCUGAUUUUACACAAAUGACUCCAGAACAAAUUAAUGAAUAUCUAGAUUUGCAAUCGAUUCUCCAGGAUAUGUUGGAUGAGACCCAAGAGAGUCUCAACGAUUUGGUCAGCCGGGCCUUGCAAUUGGAAAGUAAUUUAUUGAAAAUCAAUAAACCCAAAAUCAUUAUGGCCAUUUUGAAUGCUUUGGGUACAAUGUACAAGGUGGCGGGACGUGUUGGAAGAGCGUCAUACUGUACCUAUUCGCAUGUACCACAAUUGAAUGCCUCGUUGCAUCAUGUCUAUGAUGGUGUGGAUUGUUAUCUCUUUACCACAAAAAUGAUUGUCGCAAUUCAAAAUGAAACAUACGAUACCGUAAAGGUGGUGCGAAAAACCAUAUCCGAUUUGGCUUCCGUUUACAAAAAAGUGGCCAGUAAAAACACAAUUAUGGGUAAAAUUGUUUCGAUGCUAUUGAAUUUGAAAAAGAUUUUGUGGUCGGUGGGCUCAACAUUGCGUCAAGCCAAUCGUGUCAUUGACGAUAUUGUCAACAAAAUGCCAGAUGCCACCGUGCAUGUCUAUGAUUGUGGUACCACACUUGUGGACCGCCUACCUUUUGUGGUGGAAUCUGUUGCCAAUGUCACGGAAUGCAUUUUGUUUGUCGAUGAUUCGAAGCCGGAUUAUGGUUUCUUAGAUCCUGAAGACUCAACACGCAUUCCUGAACUAUAUCCUGAUCCAGAGAGUGGUGAAGAUAUUGAUGCCAGUUUUGAAAUGCCUUGA